UGAAGUAAAGUGCAACCAUGGAAAAGAAGAUAAUGUUUCUCCAUUGUACAGAUUUCUCAGAAUGUCCUCUGCAGUGUAGUUGUUAAGAGAAGAAAAAAAUCACCUCAAUACAGAACACACAGAACCAAUAUGAAUAGAAGCCAUACAUUUGUUCCCAGAUACAAGAAAUCAGUGUGAUAGACUUUAUUAUGAAUACCUGGUCCUUGCUAUUUAUACUGACAUUGGAAGAAUUCAACACCCAGUGUAAAGAGAAAUCUCCCUGACUGAGGAAAUCAACACGGGAUUCUGUUAUAAAACCACAGGAUAAAGAUGAAAUAAAUGUCUGCUGUCAAUGAUGUAUAGAUUAGUGUUACAGAAAUCUGUCAGAGUGACAGGUGUUAGUCAUGGUCGUCACAUUUCCCGUGUAUCCUCAGACCGGGUCUGGAUCAGUGAUGAUUAUAACAAUCUCAUCUUGACAAACACAGCAGGGGAUAAACUACAUCAUCUGAGAGGUAUACGUAGUGAUUAUGGAGGACACACUGUGAACAAUGACGGUGAUUUAAUUUAUAUAGACAGUCACCGUAACAUCAACAAACUGUCUACAGAGAACACAGUAAAGACUCCAUUAAUAAAGUACAACACAGGACCAUGGUAUCCACUGUGUGUCUACAGCUCCCCCUCCACUGGAGACCUGCUGGUCGGGAUGUGUAGAUAUGAUACAUAUACAGGCAAGGUAGUGCGGUAUAACUCUACAGGUGAAUACAUCCAGACCAUACAGUACGACAACAACAACAACACAGGUCAGAGACUGUAUAGUUAUCCUAGAUACAUCACAGAGAACCGCAAUGGAGAUGUUACUGUGUCUGACUGGGGCCGUAAUGCUGUAGUGGUGACAGAACGGGGAGGAAGUCAUCGCUUCUCCUACACAGGACCUCCAUCAGGAUCAGGACUAGAUCCACGUGGAAUCUGUACUGACGCGCUGUCACACAUCCUGGUGUGUGAUGAUAUCACCCAGUCAGUACAGAUGUUAGACAGUGACGGUCACUUCCUGACACAGAUACAGACAUCACCACACGGGAUAAACAGACCACGGGGCCUGAGUUAUGAUGAUACCACACACCUACUGUGGGUAGGGUCACUCAUUACCAACACAGUCAACAUAUACAGAGUGGUAGAUAAAGACUCUCUGACUGGACUCCCUCUGGAGGACAUCAAAUGUAAAAAGCAUCCGAGAAGUCCCCUGGAGCAGUUCUGUACCCCGUGUGGUGUUCCCUUGUGUAGGAAGUGUACCAGCUCUGAGGAUCACAGCAGACAUGAUCUUACGAAUAUAGAUACAUUGUUUGACAACAUUCACAGGAUAGAGGAUGGAUAUAUAUUUCUGAUGUGCCUUCUUCUUUCCAAAUCCUACAAAAUAAACAUGAAAGAAGGAAACUGGAUGACCAAAUAUUAUGCUGUUGCCAACAGUUUUCAUUCCAAGGAAGUCACAAAGCCAUUCGCUCUUACAGAUUUAGAAAAAUACAAACCAAUUCUAAAAUUCAAUAAUUCGGAGAUCAGUUUUUCCAUUGAACUCUUCAAAGAUAUCAGUUUCCUGAAAUUUUCAAAGAAUUCAAAAUUUCUUGACAUUUUCUUGACUUGGGCAGAAAAAGAAAACAUUGCUGAGUACUGUAGAUCGUGGAAUUAUCCAAGAAGAGAGGAUGAAGUUUGCUGUUGGUUAUUGCCAGAGAAAACAGAGGAGUUGUUAGAAAGACUUGGGGAAGAUAUUUUCACGCACCCAACAAUGGAGGACCAGUCAUUCCAUGAAGCCGUAUUUAGAAAAUUCGGUGUACCAAUUCAGGUAAUAAUGAGGGGAGACAAAUCUGUGAAACUUUUCAUUGAAAAUCUAAAGAAAGGGAAGACCAUGAUGUACCACGCCUCUGGGAUGAUAAUCGGAUGUGCCGGUAGUGGGAAAACAACAUUACUCCAGAGACUUAAAGGCAUCGAUCUGAAAGAAAUAAAUAAAAAUACCAACUCAACCAGGGGAGUGGAUAUCCACAGAGAUGUCUUUGAAGUAACAGAUAGCAUCAAUGUUAAUUUUUCAAGCCAACAACAACGCUUUAAAAUUAGACUUGAUGAAAAAGACAUGAAACAGAGUGUUCCCGAGUAUCAUCCAGAAAAUGCAACUGAUGAAGGGGAAACACAGGAAAAGAUGAAACCAGUUGAUGAUGAGGGCAAUAUGAUUAAAGAAUCAAACAUUGGACAGAUAUCACGUGAUGGUACUGACAUUAAAACUACCUCAUACUAUGAACCACAAGGGGCCACAUCGCCAGAAAAUGUAGCAGAAGUUAUGAAGGAAAGCAAAGAAAUUUCUCAUGGUUCAGAGAUUCCUGGAAAUUUGCAGAUAGAUGCAAAAAACAUUUCAGAUGAUCCUGAGAAAAAAAUCACCAUGACUGACUUUGCAGGACAGUGUUCAUAUUAUGCCUCACAUCAGAUUUUUCUUAGUCCAAGAGCAUUCUUUAUUCUGGUGCUGAAUAUGGAGAAGAAGUUUGAUGAUAAGGUUGGAGAAGAAGUGUGUUUUCAGGAAGGAUCCAUUUACAAGGAAUGGACAAACAGAGAUUACCUUGAAUUCUGGAUGAAGUCAGUUCAUCAAUACAGCAGUGAUAAAGCCCCAGUCAUCCUGGUUGGUACACACAGUGAGAAUAAAACAAAAGAGGAGAAAGCAUUGUUUUUCCGUGAAGUAUGGAAAACUUUAGAAAUGAAGAAAUCUCUGAAGAAACAUCUCAAUGUGAAGCGGCGAUUUGCAAUUGGAUUCAAUGACAACGAAGGCAUUGAAAAUAUCAAGCUGUCAAUCCUUGAUGUUGUGGGUGAACUUGAUCACUGGGGUGAAGAGCUUCCACGCUCUUGGGCUAUGUUUGAAACAUUCUUUCAGGAAAAGAAAAAACUCAAGAUUUUAAGGAUAGACACACUCACUGCUUUCAAUGAAGCAUUGCCAGAGGGAAUAAAGCUCCAAACAAUUGAGGACAUCAAUGUUAUGCUGCAGUUCUUCCAUGACAUCAGAGAAAUUUUAUACUUUGUACAAGAAUUCCUCCAAGAACUAAUUAUUCUUGAUGUUCAGUGGUUUGCUGAUGCAUUCAAAAAUGUCAUAACAGAUAAAAACCAUGCAGAGGAAGAUUUACUUGAGUAUACUGCAGAGUGGGACAAAUUCAAUGAAACUGGAGAGUUACCUGACACUCUGUUGUCUGCUAUAUGGGAAAUGAACAACAAUGGUUACAUUGAACACAAAAACGACAUCAUUUUGUACAUGGAGAAAUUAGGACUCUUAGCUAAAAUGAGUGACAAUAAGUGGUAUGUUCCCUGUAUGAACAAAAGAGCAUAUCCUGUAAAAUACUCACCAUACCAUGCCUCAUCCAUCCUCUGCUACACGUUUGAUGUUCUCCCUGCUGGAGUUUUCCAUCGCCUCAUAGCUACAUGCAUGCAUAUUCCUUGGAAGGUUGUGACAGAGAGAGACAGACCAUGCAUUUACCAGACAGCAGCUAUUUUCGCGUUUCAGGAACAUAACGUUCUACUUGGAAUGACUCCUAAAGAAAUUCAGCUACAAGUGUCUGUUAUCGAAGGAGAAGUUAAUAUAUCAACAUGCUACGAAGUAAAGAAAACAAUUGAUAGUAAACUAAGUGUUCUAUCCACAACAUUCCAAACAGAUUUUAAAUUCAUGUUUGGAUUCAAAUGCAAAGCUGUGGGAUUUUGUGAUGACCAAGAAAGUUCUGUAAUCGAUGAAGCAGAAUUUACGCAACCAUCUUUUCAGUGUCCUUCCUGUCCAAUAGAAAGAAAGCACAUCAUUAAGACAAAUGAUAUCACAAAGUAUUGGGUAGAGCCAAAAGCGAAAGCUUCAAGCACUGCAGUGGCUUCCGGACAAGACCUCGGUGGCCGAUCUAGAUUUGCCAAACUCGGAAUGGCAACAAACGAUGUUUUAAAUCAGGCUUACAGAGACAUACUAGAGAUGGAGUUUCCCCCUUCCCUAAUUUACAACAAGGUGAAAGCAUCAUCAAUUUAUAAAAGAUUACGCCCCGAGCAAGAACAUCUCUUACAAAUUGCUCAACAAUCAGGAUAUAAGAAUUUUGAUAUUUCAUUAACAUAUACAUUGAUCAGAAACAUUUGUUCAACGAUUCCUAAACCAACAAAACCAAAAUGGGGAGAAAAGCCUGCUGCAGGAGAAGUGACCGUGGGUGAUGAUAUCGAGAGAAUUAGGUCAAUUCGAAACAAUUUAUCUGCACAUGUGAGCUCAGCUUCCACCCCUCAGACAGAAUUCGAUGACACCUGGUCAAUGAUGUCGGAUAUCUGCCAAAGACUUGAAACCUUCACUGGAAAGAAAUACUUGGAUAAACUUAAUUACAUUCAAAAACUGACUCUAAAAGAAGAAGAUGAAGAUGAUAUUAUUGAAAAGGUUAAAAUGGAAAGUCAGCAUGAAAUGGUGAAAGAAAUGUGGUCAGACAUGAAAGACAUUAAAGCAGCAGUAUUGCAGCCUGAGGCCAAGCAUGCUUCGAAUUAUGAAUAUUACUCAUAGAAUGUUAUUUAAAUGUGUAUAAAUUUAAAAUAUUUUUG